UGUUCUGGUGACGCCUGUGUUUUAUUGAGGAUCAUUAACUGACGUUAAAGUGAAAGUAAACCAGGAGGAAAAUCAGGAGCACGUUUGAUUCUCACUCAGUUUCGUCUACUUUUAUGAAUUAUGUUUGAAUGUGUUGAAUGGCUCAAAUUCAUCAUAAUUAACACUGUGAUUUAACGGACGAGUCUUCGGUGUCUCCGAAAUGUUGCCGAUUAUUAUUAUCAUCGCUUUACUGGUGAAUCUCCUCAUAGAGACUACAGAUUCGUUCACUGUUGUGGUUCCUCGUGAUCAGACAGUGGCUCGUGUCGGGUCCACAGUCACUCUGCCCUGCUGGAUCUCUCCUCCUGAGAACGCUGAAGUUCUGGAGAUCCGCUGGUACCGUCAGGACCAGUACAGCAACCCUGUUCUCCUCUAUCAGAAUGGGAAGAUCAUCCAGGCGGAAUCGUUCAGGAACCGAAGCUCACUGACUCUGCGCUCGGAUCAGUCUGGUGGACUGAAGGAUGGAGACGUCUCUCUACGGCUGGAGAAACUCAGGAUUCAGGAUGAAGAUUCAUAUCACUGUUAUGUCAGUGGAGAAAGUGCAUAUGACAGCGGAGAGGUGGUUCUCAAAGUCAUUGCUUUAGGAUCCGCUCCUGUCCUGUUUCCGCAGCCUCUGGAUGAUGGACGAGUGAACAUCAGCUGUAAGUCCAGCGGCUGGUAUCCAGAGCCGGACGUCUCCUGGACGUCAGAUGAGCGAACGGUUCUCCGUCCUGGAGGAGUGUCUCGCAGUCGUGGAGCCGAUGAGAUGUUCUCUGUCCACAGCUGGACGGCCGUCUCUCACUCGGACGCUCAACUGGUCUCAUGCUCAAUGUCUCUCAAGACUGGAGAGCUCAGAGAAAGUAGGAUUGACAUACAGGCCGUCAUCCGUUCAGAUCCAUCAGAUCCAUGGAAGGUUCCUUUCAUCGUUCUCAUUUGUGCUGUUCUGGGUUUGGUUGGUCUGAUCCUGUACAAAUACAGACAUAAACUAACAGGGAAGAAACAAAGAGAUCAAAUUUGCGAGGAUGGAUUUAUGAAAGUUGGGGGAGAUGUAAAUAUAGAAGAACUGAGGAAACAUGCAGUUCAGAUCACUAUUGACCCUGAGCAUUCACAUCCAGAUCUGAAGGUUUCUGAGGACUGUAAAAAAGUAAGAGACGCUGAAGAAUAUAAACACACUGGAGAGGGAUUUCCAUAUGAAUUAUGUGCAGUCGGAGCUCAAAGAUAUAAAUCUGGCCGUCGCUAUUGGGAGGUAGAGUUGGCACGAGAACAUACACCUACUAAAAACUACUGGUUAAUUGGUGUGACGAAACAUGGAAAUGUUCGUGUAAAAGACAGAUCUGCUGUAACUCCAUCAAACGGGUACUGGUUCUUGUGUUCAGACGGUCCUAAUGGCUUUUACAUCAGCUCUGAUCCUAAAUGUGAUCCAUCAGUUUCUCUCUCACUGACGCCGAGACCCGAACGACUGGGAGUUCUGUUAGAUUAUGGUAAAGGUCAGCUGUCAUUUUACAAUGUCAAAGAGAGGAAACAUGUGCUGACCAUGAAGAUCAGAUUCCCUGGAGCAGUCAGUCCGCUGUUUAAUCCAGGGGUCGGAGAUCAGAGUCCACUUAUAAUUCUGGAUUGUCCAGAACCAGUAGAAACACCUGUAGAGUCCAGUGAACCUUUACUGGGUAACAGCUCAGACGCCUGACUGACCAAUCCUGUGUGUUCAGGCCGAACAGCACAUUUGAAAAUGUAAAAAUCUCCUCUUGGAUUUACAAACCUCAGAAACAUAAAAAAUUCUCAAAUAAAGCAAGACACUAGCAACAUCAAGCUCAUGGGUUUGAUUCCCAAAGAUCACGAAUACUGAUAAUAUGUACAGCUUGAAUAUAUCAGCAUCAGUUCAACCAAACGUUAAGGUAUGACAACUUUAGAUAAAGCCUCCAAUCCUCCAAUAAUCAUCAGAUCAAGUGCUGCACAUUUAUUGCUCACAUGUUACAGCUCGAGACACUCCUCCUGAUUUGACUGAUUGUCAGCCAUAGACCCCAACAAAAAAUAAAACGUUUUAGUCAUAACCUGACAGAUUAAGGCAGCUGCUCUUGAUAGAAUGUAAAUAAAAAUUAAUAAAAUAAAAAUAUUUCUCCUUUAUGGCGCAAAAGUAACAUCUUAAAUUGGAUGAUUCUGUGUUAAACAACAGAAUUUAGAAAAAUUGUAAACCUACAAUAAAUCCUUGACAUGCUUUAUGAUCAUUAACAAACCUCAAUACAAUCUUUAGAGUUAAUCAGUUCUCAAAUCUCUAUUUAAGAUCUAAAUAAACACUAAUGCAAACCUUUAACAAUCAGAUAUUCACAACAGCUGUUAUCUGUUUUCGCCGGUUUCGCCCUUUAAAUAUUUUGGCACAUCCGUGGCCGGGAAGAUUCGGGAGGCGACGGCUCGCUCAGCGGCUCUUCAGUCCUUUAUGCCGCAUGUGGCGGUCCAGGUCCACGCCUCAAGCCACGAAGGGGACUGGCUCGUCCCGGUCUGAGGAUCAGAGACCAGACCCGACAGUGAGUUUAGAAAGAGGUGAGGUAACAUCAGGGAAGUGGUCUAGAAGCGGCGUUCUAGGGUCUGGUCUCACGGGGGUAACUAACGAGGGUAACCCUCGCUUCGAGAGGCAUUGAGGUUUCCGUUCUUAGAUCUCGGAAGGCAGCGGUAUUGAGUAGCAGACCCAUUGAGCCUCUACUCCAUCUCCAACUGCGAGCUCAGCCGAGGCUUUCGCUCUAGAGAUACGCCUGGAUAGCGAUAUCAAGUAUUUGGGCUCUCUGUGAGCUUUCUUGAUAGCUGUCCAGGCCGGAGUAGGUCUCUCAUUAGGCUCUCUCUGAGCCUCCUGCACUACUGCUUUCAGAUGGAGCGUUGUCCGGUUAGCGAUAUCAAGUAGUUAGGCCUCCUCUCGCUGAGAGAGUUAUUUACUGGGGCCUCCGCUCAUUGGCUGUUCUGCUCUUAGAGCGUGGCUAAGUUAGUAUGCUAAGUUGUUCGGCUCACUAGGAGCCUCCUUAGCUACUGACCUCAGUGAGUGUUGCCUCCUCUCGCUAUGAGUAUUGAGGCCUCCACUCUGCGGAGCUUCACGGGCCGGCCGGACUGAGUUUAGCUCAUUUCUGAUCCGUCUCUGCACUGCCCUGGAGUUAGUGUCGUAGGAUCCACUCUACACUUCUAUCACGAUUGUCUGCAAUAGGCAUCACAGGUGCGGCACUUCAGUGGUUGACCUCCUAUCUAUGUGAUAGACAACAAUUUGUUAAGAUAGGUAAGAGCCGCUCACGCUCUGUGUCUGUCUCUCUCGGUGUGCCCCAAGGCUCUGUACUUGGUCCGCUUCUAUUUCUAAUCUACUUGCUACCGUUAGGCCAGAUCAUCAGACAGCAUGGUCUCAAUUUUCGUAGCUACGCUGAUGAUAUUCAAAUCUACUUCACGGUCAGUCCCAACUCAUCUUUUCCACCCUCUUCAGUUACUCCUGCCUCAACGAACUUAAAACAUGGAUGUCCUCUAACGUUUUACAGCUUAAUGCUGGUAAAACUGAAAUCCUGUUGAUUAACCCCUAGAUCACAGAGCUCACCCAGACAUGACAUUUUUACCUGCGGAAUAUUGUUCGUAUUCGCCCCUCUCUCACCUUUAUAUGCGGAAACUUGUUAUUCGUGCUUUCAUCACUUCCAGGUUGGACUUCUGCAACUCAUUAUACAGUGGGCUACCCACCAAAGCAAUUCACCGCCUUCAAAUGGUACAAAACUCUGCUGCACGAGCCCUCACAUAUAACAAAAAAUCUGCUCAUAUCACUCCUAUCCUUCCUGUCAUAAACCGCAUCCAAUUCAAACUGUUAGUCCUUGUACAUAAAGCCUUACAUGGCCCGUUACCCAAAUAUGUUGUUGAUUUGGUACAGCCAUACCUUCCAACUCGGCCCCUUGGUCUAGCGCUGAAAACCUACUCGUGGCACCCCGGGUCAGACUCUCUACGGUGGGCGGUAGGGCUUUUAGUGUUGUCGGCCCUAAGUUAUGGAAUAAAAAGCACCCAAAUCUUUGUGCGACCGACAACAAUCGGACCUUCAAAAAACAACUUAAAACUCAUAUCUUAAGCAUCCUCAACAUUGUUUUCACUUUUCUCCACUUUCUCAGCUCUUUUUUCUACUUUCUUUGUGGUAAUUGUAUAUUCGGAUAACUAGUACAAAAUGUUUUUCUUUGAUUCAUGUAAAUUAGUGUUUGCUUGUUUCCAUCUGUUUAUAAGCAGAUGGCCUUGUAUAUGUUUGCCUGCUGUUUGCCUGCUGUUUGUUUUGCAUUGUGAAGCGACCUUGGGUUCUUGAAAGACGCUAUAGAAAAUAAACAUAUUAUUAUUAUUAUUAACUGCACGUGUUUCUUAUAUGCUAAGCUAAAUGACUUAAUUUAAACCAUGAUGAAUAAAUGUAUUAAUAAAAUAGUGAUAACAAUAAAUGUAUAAAAUGUGUAAAAAUAACACAACAUAUUAGGUGUGGGUAUUAACUCAAUUCAAUUUCGAUUCACAAGCAGUUUGAUGCAGUUUUGAUCUCAAUUCAAUAAAGAUUAAUUUGGAUUUAUAUCAAGAACAAUAAAUAUAAAAUUCUCAAAGUAAAAAAAAAACUAUUUAUUGUUAGGUCAUUUUAUCUAAUCUUAUAAAUACAGAAUACAUCUUUGUAGCCAUGAUAUACACUUGUAAAUUUAAUCUAAAUUAAGCUUUGGUACCGAAAUUGCUACCAAGAACCGUGGAUUUGUACUGGUAUUGGUAAUUCUGACAUUUUGGGACCGUGACAACACGGUAAGUUUAUAAGCUGUUUUAUUGACGUCUUCUGGCAGUUGAAACACUGAUUACAUGAGACAUUGAUUUUAUAAUCUUCUAUAUCUUUUAACAUCAAGUGAAAAGUUUGAAAGAUUCUGCAAAUUUUGCUCGUAUUCGCUGACAAACAUAAAUGUGCUUGGGUUCACUUCUGCGCGAGCAACAGUUUUUGAUGUGAAAUAUCGCUUCUAGUAUUAAUGACAAUAUGAAAAAGAUGAUAAUUCAAUUUUUAAUUUUUGUUGAAUAUUGAUGGAUAAACAAUGUGUUGAAAGAAAAAAGAUGGUAAAAUAAGUUUUGAGUGUUAUUUAUGUAAAUAUAAAGGCAGCUACUGAGGCAGAACUGAUGUACAUGUGCAAUGAUUAAAGCUGAAUAUAAUAUUCCUGUGAUUAAAUCAUGCAUUAGAUUUUAUCUUGUUGUAUCGCAUGUGUUAAACUGCUCUGUAAAGUGUGUGUGUUGCUCAUAAAACGUUAACAUUUACCUACACUCUUUGUUUAUGAUUGCAAAUCUAAAGAAUUGUAUUGUACUACUUGUACCUUUGUAAUACAUGUCUGUUAUCAGGGCCACCACUUUUUUAAAUGAUCUGAGACAGAUCAAAACAACAACUUAUUUUUAGGCUAUAACUAAAAUAGACCAAUAGUCUUGUUUUGUUCAUUUUAUUCAAAUAAAAUACUUCACCAUAUGA